CCCACAGCAUCGCAGGCCUGGUCCGCAGUUGACCGGGGCUCCUAACCCACACUGGACCCCAGGCUCCUCACGUCACCUCUCUGGACCGCAUAGUCACUGCCCGCCUCAGUCCCACGGUCUCCUCAUCUGCAAACUGGGAGUGCCCUCCCCGUACCACAGAGCUGGUUCUGUGGUCCAUGACGUGCUGGCCAGAGGCCACCCCGCAGGCUGAGUCCCAUCACAUGGUCACACAGGCCAGACACCCACCGCGGCGCCCUUCCUCUGUGCCGUUCACUGGCGUGUUGCGGAAAAUCUCUGUGGCGUUUGUCCGUGCUGACGCAUCGUCAUGUGCCCAUGCACCCGUCAGCGUGGGGGGCACGUGCCUACCCCCGGCCAUUCAGAAACCCCCAAAUUUCAGCUGUGACAAAAAAAGACUCAGGUUUGGCACAUCACUUGUGUUCCCUUUAUUCACUUCAGGAGAUGCUGGGCCUCGGCUUUCCAAAGCUGUUUCCGGACCAGGGACUGGUGGCGCUGUAGCCAUGCUAAGCAGAGCAACGGGCCGGGGCAGCCUCGCGGGGGCGUCACGGGUCUCCGGGGAGGCUCGUGGCCGGGAGGCCCCCGUAGCUCCCAGGGCUGCUGGACGUCCCCGGGCCUGCCAGAGCGCAGCAGCGGGCGUGAGGCGGCCGGCGAGGCCGAGGUGAGGGAUCAGGUGGAGCUCCGGUGAAAGCGCCUGUCGCCAGAGCGUGACGUCGGCGUGGCGACUCGGAGCAGCUUUCCCUCGGCCGCACUGGCUCACCCGCGCUGCCUUCUGUGCCCGUGCGUUCCCUUGCCGUGCAAGUGUGACAGACUGUCCUGCCCGUAGCAAAGCAGGUCACCUCGCACAGUGUCUUCCUCAGCCGGUGCGAUGGCGGGGCGCCUCCCGGGGUGCGUUCCGGGCAGGAUGGAGCCGCUCGGGGCUCCGUUGCCUUGUCCACACGAGACCCAGACCGUGGCGUCUGUGUGUCCCUGCAGCAUCUGGGCAGAGCACGUGCCCGUGCAUACGGCAGUCCCCUGGGACACUGCCCUCGGGGCGGAGAGGGGACCUGGCCGGCAGCGGCUGGCAUCUGACCCAAAGGCAAGACGCUGUUGCCCACGGAAGGGGCUGGGCCGCUGAGCACCCAGUCAGCGAGAGGUCGGCUGUCGGCUGCCGUCUCUAAGCAGGUGGCCUGGGGGGGUGGAGGGGGGGCCACCUGUGGAAUCUGGUAUCUCCCUGGGCUCUCAGGACCCGGUCUGCGUUUGUCACCAGGGAGCUUUAGUUCCCCUUACAAAAUUCUGUUCACUUUUGCUUUGACGGUUUCGAUUUUCCAAGAGUCAUUUGUCCUUCCAUUUCGAAGUGAGGUUUAUUAUCGUUUGGUGAUUAUAAAGUAACCUGUGUUCAUUGUAGGAAUUUUAGAAAAGAUGAAAUAUUACAAAGAAAAAAUAAAAGUUAUCUAUAAAAAAUCAAAUAAGAAUGACAGCUGAAUGGGAAGGGGCAUGGAGAACUUACUGGGGAGGUGGGAACGUCCCAGCUCUUUAUAUGGUUUUGGUUUCUACCCAUUUGCCAAAACGUCAGCAAAUGCACUUAAGAUUUGUGUACUUCACCGCACGUAACUCUCGUAUUAAAAGAAAAACUGUAAACAGUGACUGAAGUUGGGUUAACGAUACGCAUGAUGAGAUGUGUAGAGGAAAGAUGCACGUAUGCAAUUUACUUUAAAAAAUACGAUGGCUCGCGGAAGGACAGAGGGGUGGAAUGUGAUGAAGCAGAGGAAUGUUAACAGGAGAAUCCAGACGGUGGUAUACGCGCGCCCUCCAUAAAAUUCUUUCCACUGUGCUGUAUGUUCGAAAACUCGCAUAAUACAAUAUUGAGGUUCAGACUGCUAAUUCGGAAACAAAAAUCCAUAUUUACAAUCCAAAUGGAACCACCCUGGAAUAAUGUACAUUUUAGUGUCCAUUAUUUUCCUGCAUUUUCAUUUCCCAGAAUAUAUAUUAUAGAAUUAAGAUCUUACUCCAUACGCAGAUUAUAUUUUUUCGCUCAAUAUUGUAUCACAGUUUUCUUUUGUCAUAAAAAGUCUUCACUGUGUAGUUGUCAAACCGACAUAUAAUUUACGUGCAGUAAAGUACAUCCGUUUUAGCAGACGGUUUUAUGAGUUUUGGCGAACGCGUACAGUCAGGUAAUCACCACCCCAAUGAAACGAUUCUAUCAUCCUGGAAAAUCUCCGUGCCCCUUCAUAGCCAGCCCCCGGCAGCUGCAAAUCUGUUUUUCAGAAUGUCGCUAAGACGCAACUGUGUAGUGUGCGGCCUGGACUCUGGUGCCCUGCAAGGAAUCUGUCCCUCGUUGCUGCUGAGCAGUGUUCCGCGGUAGGGCUGUCCACUAACUUAAUUUUAACAUUUGUGCGAAGUCACACAUCUCCUAACGUGCUUCAUUUCUACGUUCCCCCAUCGCUGAACUAUCUUAGGUUUUAUUUUUCGCUAUAUAGAUACCGCCAUGGUGAACAUCUCUGUGCGUCAACUGUGGUCAGUGACCAUUUCUUCAAGGUAGAAUUCUGGGAAAGAAACUGCAGGGUCGUACAUUACAAACAUUUUUAAAGCUCUGACUACAUUAUUAAAGUUUCCCUUGCAUUUCUUCAUGGGGCCCACGACAGGCUUGUCUUAAAACUCCACUGCAGUCUAUAACCUCUUCUCCCCGCUCUUUCUCAAUAUUGUCGCUGCAGACCUGGUUCGAAGUUCUAGUGGCCUUGGAGAGCCUUUGAAACCCUAAAGCAUGGAGGCUGGUCAGGACACCUCUGUCUUCCUGGUGAAGGUGCUGGAGGAACUGGACAGCAAGCAGAACACUGUUUCCUACCAGGACCUGUGCAAGUCCCUGUGCGCCCGCUUCGACCUGCCGCAGCUCGCCAAGCUGAGGAGUGUGCUCUUCUACACGGCCUGCCUCGACCCCGGGUUCCCCGCCACGCUGUUCAAAGACAAGAUGAACUGCACCGUGAACCACCAGCAGUCAAAGAAAAUCAUGGUGGCGGCAGACAUCGUGACCAUAUUCAACCUGCUGCAGAUGAACGGCGGGGCCACCAGGGAGAAGCUGCCCGGCGGCCGGCCGAAGGCGCGCAAGGAGGCGUCCUGUGAAUCGUGCCGGUCAGACGCCGAGGUCUGCGGCGCGGCCGAGUGCGAGCCCCUCGACUGCAGCCGGGGCGACAGGCCCUUCGGCCGGGCCCCCCCCGCCCGGCAGCCGUCCAGGGGCUGUGACGCGGGCUGCCGGGACUGCCCGCAGUUCGUGCCCGCCGCGGAGCCCAACUUCCUGCUGGGCGUGGGCAGGGAGGCGAAGGCCCGUGCCGCGUCCCUGGACAGGCUGCAGGCCCUGGCCCCGUUCCCGGUGGGCAGCCCUCGGCCCUGCGAGAUGCAGAGAACCUACUUCCCCAUGAAUCUCGACAGCGACUGCGCCUCGGACCAGUUCUCACUGCCCAGCGCCCCGGGCGUCAAAGACACCUUCGUCUCCAGUGACGAGCCCUUCGUGGGCCAGUCCUGUGUCCAGAAAAGGAACAUCUUCAAAGAGGACUUUCACAAUCUGAUGGCCGUGUCCCCUGGCUUGGCUGGCCGCGCUCACGAGGCAGAGGGGGCGCGUGGGGAGCCCCAGAGCCGGAAGGAGCCCCACAAGACACCAUUCUUUAAUCACAGCUUCGAGAUGCCCUACAGCAGCCAGUACCUGAAUCCCGCGUGCUCCCCCGUCCCUGACAGAAGGCGGGCGAAGCAUGAAAGCUUAGACGACCUUCAGGCCUCCACGUACUUUGGACCCACUCCCGUGACGGGGACCCAGGACGCCAGGCGCUGUCCGGGGAGGCCCAGCAAGCAGACGCCGUGGCCGGCCAAAAGCUGGAGCCUAAACACGGAAGAAGUCCCUGACUUCGAACGGUCCUUUUUCAACAGGAACCCUUCUGAGGAGAAGCCGCGCUACCCAAGUCCCAGCGGCCAGUCGCCCAGCUUCCCAGCCCCGGACCGGCGCCCGGCUUACCUCACGCCACAGGAUCCACAGCCAAUGCGCCCCGUUGGCUAUGUGGCAAAACCCGGCGGGCUCAAACCUAAAGAGAUAUCGGCCUCUGCUGACCUGGAGAAGCACGAGCCGGUCAAAAAGUUCAAGGACAAGAGCAUCGGCUGCACGGGCGGGCAGCUCAGCUCAGACACCAGCAGCGUGGGCACCCAGACCGAGCAGCACGUGCCGGAGACCAAGAAACGCAGGGACCUGUGUGCCUCGGGGCAGGGCAAGUACACGAAGCAGUCCGAUGAUGACUCGGAAAUCGUCAGCGAUGACAUCAGUGACAUUUUCCGAUUUCUUGAUGACAUGAGUAUCAGUGGCUCGACAGGAGUGAUACAGUCAUCCUGCUACAACAGCACGGGGUCCUUGUCCCAGCUUCACAAGUCGGACUGUGACAGUUCACCGGAGCACAAUAUAGUGAAAAUCACCAACGGGCUUCCCGGCAGCAAGGGAGAAAAGGGAAACCGGCCUGAGAGCAGCCACCACUCGGAAGAGGAGCUGAAGACCAGUGUGUGCAAACUGGUGCUCCGGAUCGGCGAAAUCGAACGGAAGCUUGAAUCACUGUCGGGCGUCCGCGAGGAAAUCUCCCAGGUGUUGGGCAAACUGAAUAAGCUGGAUCAGAAGAUGCAGCAGCCUGAGAAGGUGAGCGUGCAGGCAGAUCUGAACUCCUUGACCAGCGAGGCUCCAUCCGACGAGAGCGCCUCACCCCGGGUGUUCCGUGCACACAGCGGCUCCCACGGGCCCAAACUGGAGAACAGCGCCGACUGGUGCUGCUCGGAUGCCAGCGGGAGCAACAGCGAGAGCCUUCGCGUCAAGGCCUUGAAGAAAAGCCUCUUCGCCAGGCCGUCCUCGAGGUCGCUGACGGAGGAGAACAGUGCCACGGAAUCCAAAAUCGCCAGCAUCUCCAACUCGCCCCGGGACUGGCGCACCAUCACUUACGGCAACCGCGUGGGCCUCGGCGAGGACGAGGCCAAGGACGGGGGCCCUGGCGAGAGCAAGGACUGGCAUCGGAAGCCCAAAGAGGCGGACAGGCAGUACGACGUCCCCCCGCAGCACCGCCUGCCCAAGCAGCCCAAAGACGGCUUCCUGGUGGAGCAGGUGUUCAGCCCGCACCCACACCCCGCCUCCGUCAGAGCGCACGGGAACAACCCCCUGUACACCAACAUGCGGCGGACCGAGCUGGCCGAGGUGAAGCGCGGCCCGCCCUCCUGGACCGUUGAGGACUUUGCCCGGAAUGCGGGUGACAAGGGCAAGCUGACUGCCCUGGACCUGCAGACGCAGGAGUCUCUGAACCCGAACAACUUGGAAUACUGGAUGGAAGACAUUUACACCCCGGGCUACGACUCACUCCUGAAGCGUAAGGAGGCCGAGUUCCGAAGAGCCAAGGUCUGCAAGAUGGCGGCGCUGAUCGCGGCCGCCGCGUGCACGGUCAUCCUCGUCAUCGUCGUGCCCAUCUGCACGAUGAAGUCAUGAGCUGGGCGCCGCCGCCCCGCGGGCGCUGACGGUGUCGUCCUCUGCGGCCGCGGCCGCUGGCAGAGACGGCGAUGACGCCGCGGGGCUCCGCUGCACACGCGGAAGGCGGGCCUGGAAGCACGCGUGCCGCAGAGGGACCUGCCUGCCUGAGACCCGGGGGCACCUCUAGAGGGCAGUGGCUUUCCCUGCCCAAAGGAGGCGGUGAACGUCCUGUGGUACAAACUGAACUCCAAGCAAAAACAAAACAAAACAAAACAAAACAAGAGGAGCGAACAUCGAUGAGAGUCUUUGCAUUUCGAUGACGUUUCCGGGCGGGGAACGUGUUACUCGGACGAUGUUUCCCGCACAGCUUUUGGGGAGGAGCCGAGGGAGAUGGCGAGCCGGGAAGGAAACAGGGCCAGUGCCAUUUCCCUAACGUUCUGGGACCGCUGCAGGCGGAGCGACAGGGACAGUGGCCGUGAGGGGUCAGGUUACCAACAAACGUUAUCGGUGAAAAGAUAAAAAAAAUAAAGUAAAAUUUAAAAAAAGCUUCUGGCUUUCCGCGCUGGCCCGUCACUAUGGUCUUCGUGGAAACACUUUGUCUUCCUUCCUGGUGCCCACGGUAGGAAUGGGCCGAACCCAGGGCUGGCGUGAAGUGAGGUCUCCCUGCUUGACGGGCCAAGGAAGUCAGGCCAGGGGGCCGUCCUGUCUCCGCCGCCAGGAGCGGAGAGCUGCACGCUGCAGGGCGAGGUCAGUGUUGGGAAACCGUAGCUGCUCAGAGCGUCCCCCGUUCUCGCUUGGCGUGUGGUUCCGUUCCCUCACUGUCCAUCUCCUGGCGGGACCAGAACGCUCUGCUUCCCGCUCCUGAGCUGAAGAGUUUGGAACCUGUCCUUGUGCCUUGAAGAGUAGAGACAGCGGCUAAACUUUGACAUUCUAACUGUGACCCACGGUUUGCGUGCACCACUGAUAGAAGCCAUUCCCAGUGGCUUUAAAGGCUCUGAAAGCUUGUCGCCAAUGUGAUAAAGGCACUGGGUGUUCUCGACUCCACCGACACCUACUCCAGAGUUCCGAAUACUUGUCAGCAGUGCAAAAAAAUCUAUUUAACUGUUUCUGUAUCUCACGUCUAUCCAAAUACCUGACUAUGGUGUAUCGUCUUCUCUGUCCAAUACCUUGAGAGCCGGGUUUCUCCAGAGUUGUGAUCCCAUCAGAAUUGGUUCUCGGUUGCCACCUGUUGAAUGGUGCUUUGACAUAACUGGACAGAAAGAACCCUUUUCGGCAGCAUUCGAUUCUGAUGUCGUGUUACAGGUGAAAAAAGUGAUUGACUGAAACUAGUUACCUUAGCUCUUCUGAGAACAAGGUGGGCUAAAAACAAACGCUGGUAGUAAGAAUAAUCACUCUGGAUGAUACAACGCAUUCCUGAAAGAGGUUUGGGAAGUUUCUCAGAUUUUAAAGCAAUAGGAGCCCAGUGUCCAUCCCCAACACUUGCAAAUAAUGCUUAGCUUGCAGUGUCUAAUUCAUCAUCAUUCUCCGUCAGGGGCUGUCGGAGCGUUUCGUGCUGUUAACAGACUACGGGGGGAGGCCUUUGUCUGUCGCGACCUUUAUUUUUAGAGGUCUUCAUGUUACCGACGUCAUUUUCAUGUUUAUGUUUGCAUUUUCAACUAGGUGACUGAAACUUAAGCCUUCACAUGGAAAACUGAGGAUUUAUAACUGAAAAUGAAAAAAUACAUAUAUAUAUUACUGUCUAUUGUAAGAAUUUUAGUCUUUUGGUGCUUGGUUUUGGGUUGGGCACAUUAAAUGAGGUUUGUUUUUUUUUUACCCCCAAGGGGAUACUAGAUUACCACUCCUGGGAGAUGGGGGCUGCCACCCCAUCUCCCCUCCUGACCAGCGAAGCUCUGUAACACCCUGUUCCCUGAGAGCAUCAGAGAUAGGUCGUUCCCAAGCUCUUGCCGUGCGAUGUGCAGAGAAGUGGGGACGCCAGGUAGGAUCAUGGAGGACGGACUAAGGCACUUUUGCCACUGCCCUUGGGUGACAGUUCCUGAUAAGCCCUGUUGGGGCCAUGUGCCUGGCUAUCUAGGGAGGGUGUGACUCUGAGCCCUGCCCCACGCACGGACGUGAACGGGCCGUGUAAGAUUUUCUUCGACCCUUUUCUUAUCUGGGGAGGUAUCUGGAAAAGUUUAGUUUUGCUCCAAGUCCGGUGUAGCUUUUAAAUUAACUCAACACCAUGGCCGCAUCAAGGAAAUGCCCAGGCCAGGCGGCACCCCUGGAAAGCCGACGGCGACGGCCCCAGGGAAGGGUGGUCCUUCUGCCUGAUGGCUCUGGCUCUGCUGCCAGCUAAUGGGCCUUGGCCAUGGCUACAGCUCAUGCAUGCUUGGGGUCUUGGGAUUUGGAGAAGGUGAAGCUCAUGCUUGGGUUCUGGCUUUCCACUGACCCCGAGCCCGCCACAGCCUUCUUGCCCUGGACCCCAGACUCGCUCCAGCUUCCCAUCCCACUGUUCACGGACCGGGCAAGACCAGAGUCUGGCUGGGAGACAGACAGCUAGCUGCCCUUCGCUCUGGACUUUGCCUCUCAUCUCUGGCUGCUGUGAGCUCCCUGUGGGGACGUGGGAACUGCCCCCUCUGUCCUGGGUGCCAUCGUCCGCCACGCUCAGGCAUUUCUACGUGAGGUGUAAUUCCUGUGCACGAGCCUAAAAUCACUACCCUAUCAAAAUCAGCCUCGUUUCUCUCGCAUACGAAGAAUGAACCAUCGGAUCUUAUUAUUUGAAAUCAGGUACCCUUAGCCGACGAUUAGAUUCAGAAUCGUAGCACCCUCUUUUCUAGUCUGAAUUUGCUUUGAACCCAGCCUUGCAGAAAAGCCAAAAAAAAAAUAAAAAAUAAAAAUUCCCAGCUCACGGUUUUCAGAUAUUUUACACCAAGUACCCCUUUCUGGAAACUGCAAAUACAGUUAAGCAAAUCACACUUAUAUCAGCCAUUACUAGCAUUACUACUAGCUGAUCAUAAAUUGCUAGUGUUUUAGGGCAUGCGGCUACGUGACUGAUACCUGCAAGGCUAGUUUCCUAGAUGCGCUGAAACUCCCCAUUCUGAACGGUCCAUGAGUUCUGGUGCCCAUGCUGGAUCAAGGCCGUGCUGUUGUGUUUACGGUUUAUCAGUACUAGAGCAACGGCACCUCAUUUAAAAAAAAACAAAAAAAAUAGCUCUGCCAAUAGUGAAUGAUUCUAAGUGGUAAAAAAAAAUUUGUGAAUGUUGAAAUUCAACAUGCUUCAUGUUAUAACCAACCUGCAAAAAUACUGUGGUCAGUUGUGUGAAUACCAAAUUAGUAUAUCCUAUACACUGUACUACAGAAAUGUGUAUCUAAAGGCAAAGACGUUAGUAAUUGUUGGGAUAGUUGGGGAAAGGGGUAUUAGAUACUUAUGAAUUAAGUAACAAUAGGAAACGCAACAAACUUCCUUAUUUAUGCCUUACGAGUGAAAGGGUGUGAGACGGAAGGCGAAGUUUACGCGCCAGACUCUGAACGAACGGGCGUCCGUGAAGGCAAGGCCUCGUCUUCUCUCCGCGUGUCCUGUACAGCUCAGCACACUCCUGGUGCUUGAUCGAUGUUAUAUACUACCAAUAACUAAGCACAUUUUUAGAUCUUUUUUUUAAAUGGUUCGUGUAAAAUUUGGUCAAUGUACAACGGUUGGUUUGAAGCUAUCAUGUAAAAUCUGCCUCUCCAAAUAUAAUCAAAAAUAAACUCAAAAAUUAUGGUAUCUUGCAGUGAGGUUUUAUUCUACGUGUAAACGAUAAGUGUUCAGUUCCAGCUUGUCGAUUUUUCACAUAUCGCACACAUCAUGUGAUCAGCACCCACACCGAAAACCAAGGUGUUUGAGCGCCCAGAAGCCCCCUCGGGCCCCUUCGAGUUAGAACCUUGCGAAGAAACGCGCCCCUCCUGACUUCUAAGGGCACAUGUGAGUUCCGCCUGUUUGUAAGCGCGAAUGCGUUUGUGCAGCACGUCCUCUGCGUGUCUCUCUUCCGUCGCUCGACGUGCCGAUGUGUGUGGUCGUAGUGAUCUCAUCCGUGGCUGUGGGCAUCCGAGUAGCUUCCGGUCUGGGCCUAUGAAUACUGCGGUGGCUCUUGGUGAACACAGGCGUGUAUUUCUGUCAUGGGUGCGCCCAGGAGUAAAACCGCUGCAUCAGGGGAUGAGCUUAUGCUCCACUUGGCUAGAUUCUCCCCAAAAGUUUUCUCACGUGGUCCUUCCGACUCACACUCCCACGAGCAGUUCAUGUGAGAGUCCCGGGGGCUCUGCUCCCGCCUCCACAAUCGCUAUGUCUGCCUCCCACGUCGGCCAUUCUGCUGGGUGUGCUGGUAGCUCACCGUGUACUUAACUUGCAUGUUCCUGAUGACUGAUGUGACUCGCCACCUUUUCGUGUGUUUAUUGACCGGUUGGAUAUCCUAUUUGUGAAGUGCUUGUUCACAUUUUUGCCAGUUUUCCCUUAGGUUGUUUGUCUUUUUUUAUUGAUUUGUAGAAAUUCUUUAUAUAUUCUGGAAAUGAGUUAUUUGUCUGAUGCACACUACAAAUACUAUUUUCCAUUCUGGAGGAUGCCUUUCUAUUCUCUUAAUAGUGUCCUUCUGAUCAAUGCAAGUUAUUUAUUUUCAUAUAGAAAUGUAUCAUUUUCUUCCAUUUGAAUCCUGUUUAAGACAUCUUGACAGGCUCCAAGGUCAUGAAGAUGCUCUGUUUUUGUUCUAGAAGCUUUGUUGUUUUACUUUCCAUGGUUAGAUCUAUACUCCUGGAACCGAUAUGCAUACCUGGCGUGAAGUCAGGGUGAAGAUAUGUAUCUUCCCAUCUGGCUAUCCAUUAAUCAGCAUCAUCUAUUAGAAAGAACAUCUUUCUCCUUUGAAAUAAGUCUGUUGAACGUAGAUAUGGUUUCCUGGACCUUUUAUUCUCCAUUUGUUGAUUCAUCUGCUCUCAUGUAAGUACGACAUCAACGUAAUUUUUUCAUCCCAGAGACAUGAAGUCAUUUCUCGCUAUGGAGUAAAUGACUAAUAGAUGAUUUGGGCAGAAGCCCUAGCACGUUUCUCGCUCAUGAAAUCAUAUUACGGAGCAUGUUGCAGAGAGAAUUCACCUAGCUUCUUUUAUCUCAAUCUGCCAUUCACAAAUGUCACUGAGUUCCCUUCUCGAAUCAUUAGAGAAAAGCGAUUAAACGUGAGUCAUAGCACACUGCAAAAAGCAACGAAUAUCUUGACACCUCAACACAGAAAGAAGCCUCUGACGAGAUCGCAGAGUGUUAGGGCAACUAUACAAUGCUGGGUAUAGAAAUGCUUUUUAGUUUUACGAUAAAAUAUUAAUCCAGACCCACGAAUCCAAAGUUUGCAUAUAGAUUGACUGGACUUGGAUUGAAUUUUGCCUAAGUGCUCUAAAAAAGUGAAUUAAGAAAAUAAUAUAUAUAAGUAAUCUUGUAAGGAAAAAUGUUUUUCCUUUCUAAGAGGACGAAUCAAUAUGCAAUAUGCUAUUGUAAGGCAUUUCAAUGUCAUUAAUUUAGAUUCCUCCCCCCAGGUACCAGCAAAAGUCGAUACUUGGUUAACUUUACAUUAUCGGAUGCACUUUUCCAAAAAGCACACACCAUUCCUCGUGCUCGAGAAUUCAGACUUUGUGAUGACUCCCAGUGGCUUUCUCCAUGGGGAGCCUGGAUUAUUCAGAUUUUGCUGUACCUGGAUUCGGUUUCUGUCCUGACCGGUCCUUGCGAUGGGAAGGAGGGGGAGCGGGUUCCCGCGCCUUCACACAGAAGCGAU